GUCCGAACCCGUGAGGUCAUAGACUGAAGUAUACAGGAAGUAGACUGAGGGAGUCGUCACAGGACAUAUUAUCAACACCUGCCAACAUGGACCCUGCAACCUUCCAUAGCUUGGAAUGUCGGCUCGAAGAUGCAACAUUCUCUAAAGACAAGCUGUCGGUACUGAAUUCCUCCCAGGGGUAUUUCAACGGUCAUCAGGUGGCUCGUGUUCUUACUGCGUUUCCACACGACAGCGACAAACUCAAAGCGCUCCAGGCAAUACAGGGGCGACUGUACCCGAUGACAUGUGCAGAAGCAGCUCAGGUACUGGGGACAUCUUCAUUCUCCAACCACAAGCUGAAGAUGUUGGAGAUCAUCGCUCGCAACAUUAAUGACGUCACUACCGGUGGUCACCAGAUCCAGGAAGCGUUCGACUUCAGCAAUGACAAGAAGAAGGCCAUGGAGAUCCUAAACAGGUACAGCGGCAUGGGUGCAGGUGGAGGAUGUCCAGCAGGUGCACCUGGCGGGUACCCCGGCGCUCCACCAAUCACAGGCCCCUCUGCGCCUUUCGGCUCACCAGCCCUAGGACCGGGCGCGGAUCUCGGCGGCAUGAUGUCAGGGAUGGGAGCCGCCAUGAAGGCUGCGAUGGGCGCGACUGUCCAGGGCGCUAACGCCAUGGCACAGGCCAUGGGAGCGGGCUUUAACCAGGGCAAGGCUGGUUCGGGAGCCCCUCCACCCUAUACAGGACCCUACCAGGGACAACCCACGACAUCCUACCCGGGACAAACGCCGCCUGGCGGUCCCGGAUACCCUUCUUCGCCGGGAGCCAGUUACCCUCCUGCGCCGGGAGCCGGCUAUCCUCCUGCCCCGGGGUCCGGCUAUCCUUCUGCCCCGGGAGCCGGCUACCCUCCUGCCCCUGGGGCCGGCUAUCCUCCCGCCCCGGGGUCCGGCUACCCUCCGGCCCCGGGAUCCGGCUAUCCUCCCGCCCCGGGGUCAGGCUAUCCUCCCGCGGGUGCACCGGGCUAUCCUCCCGCUCCAGGGCCUGGAUACCCUCAACCUGGACAGGGCUACCCUCAGUAGUGCUCAACUGGUUAACAAUAGUUCUGAUGGUUCAACAGUUAUCAAUGGCACUUAUAUGAUAAUCAUGAUAUGACUUUCCUUGUCAUCCCAUUCCCAGUACAAUAAAAUAAUUCUUCUUGACAUUUUUAUCUGUCUGUAUAUGUCGUUGAUUGCCACACAUUGUACCGGUUGCAAUCGUUGUGCAAUAAACUUGACUUGACUUGA